AUGCAUAGUCCGAGAAGCUUCAGUUUUGAUAAACUAAAGAACAAAGUCACUCAUCGUCGACAUUCCAAUGAUUCGUCCAUAAUGGAGUUGGUAAAUAGCCACUCCGAUAGGAGACAUAGUUCCGAUACAAGUAGCUCACUUCAUCAUAAAGUUGAGUUUCUUAAAGCUUUAUCACCACCAAAGGAGUCUUCACGUUUAAGAGCUACUUCAUUUUCCCUUGUUAGUCCAGAUCGUGAUACUAAGGAUACCCUGCAGAAUAGCAAUAGCCAUGGCAAUAGCGGUACCGGCAUACAUUCACGAUCGCGAUCGAGAUCUAGAUCACAUUCAGUCACUCGUGGCACAACACUAUCACCAUCAAAUCUAUUCAAACCAAAGACAAAAGACUUGAUUAAACAAGAGACAGCUCAUAUUAUACUGAAGAAACUAGUGUCGAUGUUGCGAGAGUUGGGGUUGCAGAACCCCAUCCCUUUGAAGACAUCUACACAAGGGUCAGUGUCUAAGACAAUAAAAGUUUAUGUUGCUAAUUCAAACGACUGCAUUUAUCUCCCACCAGCAUCUUCUGCUAGUUUCACUUAUGAAGAUGUCGAAAACGGGGGUGCUAUUCUAACUGACGAGGUAGCAGAACCUGGUGUAGAUAGUGACACCCAAUCAAACACAAGCCAAAGUACGGACCAUAGCACUAGUCAAAGCACCGACCCCAGAACAAGCCACAGUUCUUCAAUUACCCAUCUUGAAGACCCGAUUGCAAACUCAUUAUACCAAAGAAUGCGCUCAUUCCACAGUCCAAAUUAUCUUUGCACCAAAAUAGAUUCUGAACUUCCGAUACCCCACACAUUUGCUGUCAUUAUAGAAUUAAGUAAAGACUUAUCAACGGUUAAAGAUUUGACAUUCAAAUUUCAGUCAAUGACACAAAUACUUUGGCCCAUGGGCGAUCCCUAUAAAGACCCGUAUAAUCGAGCAACAGCAAAAGAAAAGUUCAAGAUUGGAACGAUGCAGUGGCGAACAACGUUAAACGAUGCAGACUAUUUCAUUAGUAAUUCCAAUUCGAAUGAAGUGAAACUGAGAGACGUUCAUCCCGAGGAUUUGGCCAAACGAACCCGAUCUUAUCAACUAGUAGAUCCAAAGAAAGAUGCCAAUAGUGGGGAAAAUGCGACUAACGUUGAAGACUUGCAAUCAUUAUCAUCAUCAUCAACGUCAAUAAAUACAUUUCCAACAACUUCUCUGUCACACAUUCACCAAAACACCGAACAUAAAGCUGGUCUUUAUGUGUUUCUCCUUCCUGUGCUUUUACCCGAACAUAUACCUGCAAGUAUAAUAUCAAUUAAUGGGUCUUUGAUUCACACAUUACUGGUAAAUUUCAACAAGACCAGUGAAAAGUUGAACAGGAAGUUGAAGGUUAGUGCAUCAUACAACGUUCCCAUGGUUCGCACACCACCAAAUUUUGCCAACUCAAUAGCUGAUAAGCCCAUAUAUGUAAACCGAGUUUGGAAUGAUGCAGUCCAUUACAUGAUCACAUUCCCCCGAAAGUAUGUCUCCUUAGGAUCGGAACAUGUAAUCAAUGUAAAGUUGGUCCCGCUCGUGAAAAAUGUUGUCGUCAAGAGAAUCAAGUUUAAUGUGUUGGAAAGAAUAACUUAUGUGUCUCAGAAUUUAUUAAGGGAAUAUGAUUACGAUUCGGAAGAUCCGUACAACAUGCAUCCCAGAGUGAAAGAAAAUAAGGUUAGGGAACGUGUUGUUGCAUUAUGUGAGUUGAAAACCAAGAGCAAGCAAUCUUCAAGUACACUUGGUGAUCCUUAUAAGGAAGAAGUGAUUAAAUGCCCUGACAAUAAUUUGUUAUUCUCGUGCUAUGAACCCGAAAGUAAUUUGAAUCCACGCAAGAGUUCAAAAAGUCAAAAGGAUAAAGAUAAGACAAUGAUUGCAUCGCCUUUGGAUAUCAAUAUUGCAUUACCAUUCUUGACUACAAAAAGCGACAAAACAUUGAUGACUUCCUCAGCCAACACGUCUCCAACAGAAGAAGAAGGUUCCUUUUCUGAACAAACUCGCACAAGGAAGCAAUCCACAUCUAAAGCUCCAUCACGUCCACGUCAGGCUUCAGUAGAUGCGUCUAACGGCCCUACUUCACCUGUCAUUGGUGCAUUGGAAACAAACGUAGCCAACGUCGACGAGAUUGGUCUCCAUGCAGAAGCAUCUAAACGUAACAUCCGGUCAAAUUCAAAGUCAGCCAAGCCAGAUAUAUUGAAAUCAAACUUGCGCGCGCCCACGACGUCAAACUAUUUAUCUGAUGAUAUGUCGUCAAAACACAUGCCUCCAGAGAAUAUCAAGAAUGGGUAUACAUUAACUACAAGAGCAUUAUACCCUGAUUCGAACUUUCGUCAUAUCCAGAUUAGUCACCGUUUACAAGUAUGUUUUCGAAUAUCGAAGCCGGAUCCAAAAGAUGAUUACAAAAUGCAUCAUUAUGAAGUUGUGGUGGACACACCCUUGAUUUUAUUGAGUUCAAAAUGUAAUGAGGGGUCAGUACAAUUACCGCAAUAUGAUGAACUUGAUGCAAUAACCACAGACUUGGGAGUUGUUGAUGAUCAAUCACCAAGUUCGAGAAAUGGAACAAAUUAUUCCAAUAAUGGUGUGUCAAUCAAGCCCUGGGUCCAGAAUGAUGACGACGAAGGUGUAAACAGCUUUGGUGACCAAUUACCAUCAUUUGAAGAAGCUACUUCAACACCAAACUCACCCAAGGUGAGAUCAAUAUCUCUCUCCGAAGAAGACCCCUUGAGCGGAAUUCCUUCAAUUCCAAUAGUGUUGCCAAAUGAACCAGCUCCAGCAUAUGAGUACGAAGAGAAAUCGCACCAGACUGAGGAGUCACAAACUCCACUGCUUGAUUCAGUUAACAUUGAUGAGAUCGUGAGUGAAGACUUGACAAACACCAACACAAAUUCAAGCACUCCAAGUGCCUUGUCGUCAGCAAGUACAUCCUUGUAUUCAGUUGGACAAUUGCCACAACACCGAAAAUCGUCGAUAAAGGAGAGCUUGUCGUUGCAAUUUGCCAGACAGCCCAGUGUUAGCAAAGAUCAGAAUAAUACUAAUUUGAACUUGAAUGCACAAUCGAGCUUGCCUUCGGGCCUGGCUGCUAAUGAUACAGCAUCCUCUGCAUCCUCAUCGUUGGAUGGUGCAAGUUUGGGUCUGGCAGGAAGUAGCAGUAGUGCAGCAUCACUUAUGGGAGGUGGCACAACUGAUAAUGGUGGAAUAAGAGGUGACGAAGCCGGCGAAGAAGACAAUGGUCGUAAUGCAUCAAAUGCAGGUCCACCUGGAGGAAACGGAGUUGGAGUAACUCCACCCUCAUCGACAGUGCCGGAUCGUAGCAGCUUAUCGAGCGAAGCGAUAGAAGAGAGUGAGACUGGUGAGGAAAUUGAUCACGAUGAUGAUGACGUUGCCGAUGAUAACAGUUCAGCUAUUUCGCCAAAGAAGGUUGUGCUUCCAAAUGAAGGUGUGGAACAGUCUGAUGCACUGUCAAUUACACCGUAUCGAAACUAUUCGCAAUAUGAAGAAGCAAUCGAUAAUGAUAACGAUGAGGAUGGAAGUGUAGAGGACGAUAUUGAAGACAACGAGACACAACAUCUCGAUGACAGUGAGGAAGACAGUGACUUUGAUCACGAGAAUGGCUCUGGCUCUGGCUCUGGCUCAGAUGAUGACGAUUUGAGUAGUUUGGAGUUGCAAGAAACAACAUUCGAUCAGAGGUUACCGCUUUUACGUCACAUUAGUACCGACACGAUACGUACUCAACCAUCAAACAACAAGCUACCACCCCAUGUGUUUGGCUUGAACCGCACCAUAUCCAGUAAUAAUAGUGCUCGGUAUGGUGGUGGAGGCAAUUUUGCAGCUUCAUCUCUACCUACUCCCCAAGCUACUAAUGUCACGGUGCAUAGUUACUUUUCACCCAUGGCUUCUUCGUCGAGCGCGCCACCAGUGAACAGAAAUGCAAGAAAAGAGUAA